UAUGUGAGUGUUUUGUCAACUAAUGGUGUAAUAAAUGGCAAAAUAAUCCAAAUUUGGGUCAAUUAAAGGCUUCGCUGUUAUUGUUAUUGCAAUCAUUGAUAUACUUGUGUCGACACUAUUGUUGAUAAUAAUAAUAAACACUUGUUUUUGUCAAUUGUUUUAUCAAACGAUCGAAACAAUCAUUUAUUUUUUACAGUUAUUUGAAUUGAUUUUUAUUUAUGAUAAACAAUGACAUGAAAUGACAGACCAUUUAAAUGUCAUUAAAAGGUUUUAUUUGAAAGACAAAUAAAUAUAACAACGAAACCACUACAAGACUGUUAAUAAUGAGUGCCAGAAGUGUCACUUCAAUGCCAUUGAUAACUGAUCUGACGUUUGGUUUGCCGUCACAGAUGUGUUCAACGGUGCCAUUGAGUCAAUCUUACAGUCGAUGCGAUGAACUUCGGGUACGAAUCCAUGAGAAUCACUUGUCUUAUCUGAAUCGCGAAGAAACGCCAGCAAAGCUGGAAAUGCGGACCAAAAUUGAGUGUUUGAUCGCUGAGUACUUAUCUCUUGUGCCAAACAGUCAUAAAUUUAGUUUCCCUGAAGUGUAUAACUGUUUGAACGCCAGUAUCACUGAAAAUGCGGACUUUAGUCCAUAUAAGGCGAGCAACGCUUUUGAGGCGCUCGAGAAGUACGCGACAAACCUGAUAACCCUUCCGUGGAGGUCGGAGUACCACUCAAUAUGUCCUUACAGUGGCUUUUAUAGACAUAUUAUAGAUAAGCAUAUUAUAGGCGCUCAAAAAAUAUUAUUUUUGAUGGGUUUUGUGGAGAACCACUCGACCAGCAUUUACCAGUUGGUGCCUCCUAUAGAUCCCGACCGCGUCUCCAGAGUAUCACUCGAGUGUUUGGUUGCUUUUGUUGAGCUCCAGAUCAUGAUUCAGAUCCGAGAGUCACUAAAAUCCAAAGGAUAUUUAAACGUGAGUUGGAAAGAGAUAUAUGCCAUUAGAGUUGAAUAUAUUUGUGGCCAAUCGGAUGCCAUUAAAUUAAUUUGUGAAAUGAAAAGAACGGCAAAACUUAUUGAUUACGACAAUAAUAUCGCUUCCAAUGGCACUAAAAGACUGAUCAAUAGUGACGACAGAAUUAUGUCAAAUGGAUUUUGUCUGAUUGAUGACAAUAACAUUAACCAUUUAAAACAAUCAACUCGUGGCAAAUAUUUAGACCAUAAUCUUAUUGACAAUUCUUAUAAUGAUUUCGAAGACACCACCGAUUCAUUUGAUUUAUUAAAUUAUCCGAUCAUAAGUCCGCACUCGUAUUCGCCGAGUCCUUCGUGUCAAUAUUGUUUGCCACACAACAGUCCAAUGCAUUCAACAAAAUGCUCAUCCUUUCCAUCACCACAUAUGACUUAUAUAAGCCCACCCCCACUGUUUGCUACCUAUCCAACUAAUAGUCAGUUAAAUGCGCCAAAAAAUCAAUCGGUCAGCAAAGCUAUUCAGGCAGAGAUACCAAUGCUUACUACUAAUAAUGAUUUGGAGAAUUCAUUGAAUAAAUUAAGUUUUAAUAAUAAGAAAUCGAUGUCUGAAACCGAUAGUCUUUCGGCAAAAACAAAGAGUCUUCAAUUAACCAAAAAAGAUAGCUCUCAGAGUACUACUACUACUACUACUACUACUAAUAAUAAUAAUAAUAAUAAUAAUAAUAGCAAUGAUAAGACAAACAAAAGAGGCAGUUAUUAUGAUAAUUUAGAUCCGUUUGUUUCACUUGAAGCACAAGUUUUGUCUGAAUUGAAAUCAACGACAAACUCGAAACAAUCGGAUAAAAAUAUGUCUUCAAAUAAUGAAAGUAAUGGCAAUCAAAAUUCAUUGGAAAAAAAGAAAUUAAUUGACAGCAAGAGUUUGAGUAAAAUUGUUAAUAGCGUUAAACCGAAUUCAAAUACAUUUAAAUUUACGAGUAAUUCAAACGAUAAAAAGCAAACGAGUUUACAAACAGUUUCGUUAACCAAUAGUUCACAUCUGACAUCAUCUGUUAACUCUUCAGCUAAUAAUGAUAUAAAUGGUAAAACACGUUCAGAUGAAGUCAAAUGUGAUAAUCAGAAAAAGCAAUCGAAAGAUAGUAGUAAACUAUUGAAAGGUUGGUCGUGUACUUCGUGUACAUAUUUUAACGCCGAUUUGAAAGAAGUGUGUGAAAUGUGUCACAGAAGUCGCAAAGUUGGUGCUGAAGCCCAGCCACUCAUCAGCGGUGGUCGCGAGUGUUCGCGCUGUACAUUAGUUAACGAUAAAAAUGAACAUUUUUGCAGAGCUUGUGACACAUCUCUGGCCGAUUCACCGACUUAUAUAUAAAUGGCAUUUGUUUUUAUCGAUGCAUUUCGAUAUAGAUUUUUUAACUAAAUGUUUUGUUAUAUUUGAUUGAAUAUAUAAUUUAAACGAAACAAUGAAUUUAUUGGGAGAUAAUUAGAAAAUCGAUGGCUUUAUUAAUAUUUUAUUGUCUGUGAUAGAUAUCGAUUGAAUUAUU